AUAUUGGCAAGUUCACGAGGAGGUAUUUGCGAAUGAUAGAAAAAUAAAGAAAAAUAAUUAAAAAUAGGAAGACAAUUUAAUCAGCGGGGACAGUGUUACCAAAUAUAUCUAUGUGGAUUAUUCUAUAAAUAUGGAAGCUUUUAAGAUGACAUUGUCGUAAUGUGACACCCUGCACAGUCAACUAUGGCUCAGUCUAACAGAGGCCGCCAAGAUUCUGGGGAACAUCAGUAUGAGGAAGUGUCUUUGAUUGGGAAAGGAGCAUAUGGGGUAGUGUACAAAGGUCGUGACCUGAAGAAUGAAGGUCAGUUUGUGGCAAUGAAGAUGAUUCGGAUACAGAACACGGAGGAAGGAAUGCCGAUGAGCGCUAUCCGAGAAAUAUCAUUAUUGAAGCAACUAGAAGCGUAUGAACAUCCAAAUAUAGUCAGGCUGUUAGAUGUCCGUCACACCCAGUCUUUGGGAGGCGAGAUACAACUGAAGUUGGUAUUUGAAUUCAUUGAUCAAGAUCUUACAACUUAUCUCGAGAAAUGUCCGUCCCCAGGUCUUGGACCUGACAAAAUUAAGGAUUUGAUGUUCCAGUUGUUAAGUGGUGUUGAUUUCCUGCAUUCUAAUCGAAUAGUUCAUCGGGACCUUAAGCCGCAAAAUGUUCUUAUAUCGUUUGAUGGACAGCUGAAGCUGGCAGACUUUGGUCUGGCUAGAGUGUAUGGGUUCCAGAUGGCACUCACACAAGUGGUUGUAACACUGUGGUACAGGGCACCAGAAGUUAUAUUGCAAGCCCAGUAUGCCACCCCGGUAGACAUGUGGAGCUGUGGGUGUAUAUUUGCCGAGCUGUUCAACAGAAGACCACUGUUUUGUGGAGAAUCGGACAUUGACCAGCUGAUUAAAAUAUUUGAAGUGAGAGGGCGACCUAUUGAGUCUGACUGGCCACAAAAUGUCUCGUUACCAUGGAACUCUUUUCAAGCAUUUCCCCCACGUUCUGUCUCCAGUUACAUACCAGAAAUGGAUCCAGUUGGUAUGGACUUAUUUGAAAAAUUGCUCACGUUUAACCCACAUCGAAGAAUAAGUGCAAGUGAUGCUUUACGGCAUAAGUACUUCAAAGACUGUGAUAUUGACAGUGUCCGAACUACCAGUUCGUUAUCGCCAACCUCAACCUCAGAAAGUGAUAGCACAGACGGACGGUCAGAUACACCAGUUAGUAAAUGAAUGGACAGAAUUUGAGCAGUUAAGUUGAUUGGAUUACACAUUACAAGACAAUGCCAUUUACUUGACAAUGUGAUAAGAGCGAAUAAGAAAGAAUUUUCUUAUAUUAUAAGAUUGAACUUGUACUUUAUUCUCUAUAAAUCUUAUAUGAAGAUUAGAGAUAUUCUAAAAAUCGGGAGGAUUCAUUUUUGAAAGUGUAAGAUGUAAAUAUAACGGUAGAAGAUAAGAGGUAUAAAAAACCUAGUGUAAGAAGGUGUGUAUUCCCUUGUAUGUUGCUCACUAACAUCCAGAAUGUUUAUUUUGGUGUAAGAAGUAUUGAGGUUGGAACAUCCAGAAUAUCCUGAAAGAGGUUCUGGAACAAUGGUGUAAGAUGGGAAUAGCAAAAAAAAUUAUUUCAUGAUUAUUGUGUAAGAUGUAUUGAGGAAAGAACACUGGAAUAAUGUGGGGUAAGCUGGAAAAUUGUAUGAUUUGUUGGAAGCAGGGGCUGCAAAAUGGUGGAAGAAGAGCUCAUGUGACCAGCAUGCUGCAAGAAGGCUAAUGCGACAGGGCGGUGUAAGAAGCACUCACUUCAUCAAGCCAGUUGAGGUACUUGAACAAUUAAGUGUAAGGAUGAGAAUCAAAUAAAUGCUGCUUGAACAAAUUGGUGUAAGAAGGACUUGAACAAAUUGGUGUAAAAAACAUUA